AUGACGCCAAGAAGAAGCUCCCGUCUUGCUAGCGAAAGGCUUGAGUCUGAAGGCGACGCAGACUGUGUACCCCAGGCUGAGACGACUACCAUUCGUGUCAAAAAGGGUCAGCCAGCCACCAACUCAAGUCCAGGCAAACGAAAGACUAUCACAUUUCGAAGAGCAAAAUCAACUACAACCUCUCCAAUACCAGAAAAUGAUUUAGAGGAAGAGAAUGCGUCACUUGGCGAGAGAAAAAUACGAACUUUCCCAAAGUCGGCAGAAAAGAGAUCACUUCAAGUCUCCAAUGCAGCAGACCCUGCACCGAAGCGACUGAAGUAUGAUGAAGGAUUCCAGAAUCUUGUGCAAGCGCUCGAAGACAUGCACUAUAGGCUGAAACGACAACUGCGGCGCUCAACCGGAAAGAUUAUCGACCUCGAGCUAAGCGUAGAGGACCAAGAGGUUGAAGUAGCCGCGCUGCAGGAUGAAAGAUCUAUGCUUUCAAAGCAGGUGGGCAAUCUUGAGGCCGAAGUCGCACGUCUGAGGGACAGCAAUAAGUCGAUUCAGGUCAAAUGCAGAGAGUUGGAAAAGGAUCGUGACGAAAUUCAGCAAAACGCAAUACAAGCUCUAGAUAAUGCUAAAAUACACCACCCAGAUGAGCUUUCGACUGUGUCUAUGGAUGUCAUUGAUAAAGAAUGGAGGCACCUCAUCUACUCUAUUCACGACUUGGUUGUCCGGAAUCUCACAGCUACACCGAUAAGCGAUGAUAUUACAAAUCUCUUGCCGGAAAUAAAUCGAAUAAUCAGGGGCGUUAAAGAGAACUCCGAGUUACAGGUACCACUUCUUGAAAGGCACAUAUGGCAAGAUUUACAGAGUGCUGUGUUCAAAGAGAACAGUAAGCUUUGGGAUGGUGGUGUCGAGACAAACUUUGUGAAAAAUGUCCGCGACUUGAGAGCUCAAAGAGGGCCAUCAGCAAUGACAGUCAUGAAAUCCCGGGCAGCGGGGAUCAUUAUCUUUGGUCUUGGAGCAAAUGAAACCUUGAAAUUGCAAUACGUGCAGCGUUUAAGCAAACAUCUGGAGCCUUUCACAGAGCGUCCAAUAAGCACCAAGUUACGCGAGGACCUGGCCCUCGUAUUUGAUUCUGCUAUUAACAUCAUGAGAUUGUUCAUCAAGUCUCGAGAUAUCUACGAGUUUGGGUCUUUCUUCAACCGACCGGCUAGGGAGAAAAUAGCCUAUGACGAGAGGGUCAUGAAGAUUUCAUCAUGUCUUAACGUGCCCAACGGUCUAUAUACGAGUCAACCAGCGAAAUUCGCAGUCGAGGUAAUACACAGCCCGCCACUUUUCAUCAUCAGCACCACUGAGGGUGAGUAUUUUGGGCGCAAGGAGCUGGUUUGCCCUGCAAACGUGACAGUUCGCAAAGAGGAAGUGUCAAAUGAUGAUACAGAGGAGUCAGAAGGGCCAAAGAAAAAGAUUUCUGAUGAGGCCAGCAUCAUUGUGAGCUGA